AUGGACAAAAAUGAUGAAAUCAAAGGAUUCGAACUCAAUUUGAUUUUGAAUGAUUAUAAAUUUUUGUUAAACUCCAUAACUGAUAUUCCUUCUCCGGCUCCUCUAUCUCCUGCACCUCAUUCAUGGAGGUUCGAAGUCUUUCUCAGCUUCAGUGGCCAAGACACCAGAGGUAACUUCACAGACCAUCUUCUUUCUGGUCUGCUAGAGAGACAAGUGAAGGCUUACAGGGACGACAAAAACCUACCACGAGGAAGUUUCAUUUCAAAAGCACUUCUAAGAGCAAUUGAAAGAUCGAAAAUUUCCAUCAUCGUCUUCUCCAAGAAUUAUGCAGCUUCAAGGUGGUGUUUGGAUGAGCUUGUGAAGAUUAUUAAAUGUAGAAAGCUCUUGGGUCACAUUAUUCUCCCAGUUUUCUUCGAUGUAAGACCUGAUCAUGUUGCCAAGCAAACUGGUCCUUACAAGAAAAUCUUUCGAAAGUAUGAAGAGAAGUACAAGAACAAUAAGCAGAAGGUUGAAAAGUGGAAGGAUGCUCUUAAGACAGUUGCAGAGAUAAGCGGUUGGGACAAGGAAAAUUACAGAUCUGAAUCAAAGUUGAUUAGAAUCAUAGCAAAAAAAGUAGUACGUAAACUGAGAAAGGCAGCCCCAACUGUUGGCAAUCAGCUAGUCCAACUGAAUUCUAAAGUGGAGGAAAUGAAGCUCAAGCUAUACGAGAAGUGGGAAGAAAUUGGCACAAUAAAAUUUUAUGGGUUGCAAUGGGGCAGAAAAAUAUGGGACAGUUCUAAAGACAAGAAAAGGUGGCAAAGCCAACAUGUUAGUGAAUUUUGCUUGAUGAAGUGGACAAACUAGAACAGCUAGUGAAUUUUGCUAGAAAGCAAGAUUGGUUUGGCCCUGGAAGUAGAGUCAUCAUAUCAGUUGGAGAUCCAAAUAAAAAUAACAUGAACGUGCUUCAUAUAAACUAUGAAGGAUCUAUCAACAGAGACAAGAACAUAUUUCUAGAUGUUGUCUGUUUUUUUAAGGAGUUGAACAAAGAGAAUGCAAUGAGGAUUAAAAAAUUAUUGUUUGAUGUCCCAGCUGAAAAGGUCCUCGUCGAUGACUUUACCAUCACUAUUGAAGAUAAUGACAAUCUUUUGAUACAUGGACAUAGAAGCUUCAACAUUCUGGAAAUAGAAUAUGAGGUGUCCCCAAAAAAGACCAAGCCCAACAAAGCCACAAUGAAAGUGGAGCCGCUACCAAAUGGUCACCCACCAACGCCAGUCUCCAAUCCUCAAUUAGAAGUGGAAGAUGCUGUUCCCAAAGAAGAUUUUCCACAGCAGGAAAAAAAUAAGGUAUGGAUUCUCUCUAAUUAUCGGGCCUUCUCCAUAUUUCUGAAAAGAAAAAUUAUUUUUAUAGAGCUGUUAUAUUUAAUUAUUGAAUGUGAUGAGACUUGAAUAGGUUAUUGGUUAAAAAGGAGGAGUGUUUACUAUACCUUGAAAAGGUUUUCAACGAAGUUGCUGUGGAUUUCACUCUGUUCCACUUAUUAGAUAAUUUUCAAGUGAAAGAAAAACACCACCAUUUAAUUCCAUGAUCAGCUGUUCUUUCUUCCAUUUGUAAGAACUUUCAUUUACAUGGGCCAUAACACCUGAAACGGGAAUUGUUUUGACAAGGUUCCUCCAUCUCUCAUGGAAAAGCAAGAAAAGUUAGUGCCAAAU